AUGUUUGCUCCCAGAGGCCGCCGAUCCGAGGGAUAUUUUUGGUGGGGGUGUGUGGUGGUUAUCGGUGUUCAGAUUGGCGCUGGAAUUGCCAUCGUGGUCUCUCUGAAUAUGCAGUGCAUUCCCCACAGCGCGAUCUGGGAUAUCACCAUCCUGGCAACUAGCAAAUGCUUUGACUUGUACAAGUUGCAAGUGGCAUCUGCUAGUAUUCAGUUGAUCUCUGACGUGGCCAUUUUGCUCUUGCCACAACAGGUUAUUUGGAGUCUCAAGAUGACUUGGCGAAAGCGGAUGGGUGUCUCCUUUAUCUUCGGCCUCGGCUUGCUGGCAUGUAUUUCCGCAGUCUUCCGACUCGAAACCACAAUCAUGCAUGGCAAGUCGGCAGAUGCUGUUUGGACGUUGCCUCCACUGGCCUUCUGGGCAACCGCCGAAAUGACAUGUGGCUUUUUUAUCGUUUCCCUACCGUGCAUUCCGAAGAUCAUGAUGGAAACAGGAGCUGGGACUAAGAUAAAGAGUAUCUUCGGCAUGUCCUCUUUAGGGAACUCAUCUAAGCGGAAUUGGGAGAGUGAAGGAACCGGCCAGUCAAGCAAUCAAAGCAAAUUGGCGAGAAGUACAACCGACAAUACCUACUACAAGCUGGAUACCCUGAAGUCAUCUGAAUCCACGGAGUACCUUCAAAAGGGUACAUUGACUCAGGACGAAGACCGCAGGGAUGUUUAUCCGUGA